CGGGCAAUCCGACCUCGGGGAACCCGAGCAUCGUAAUCAUCAUCAAGCUAAAUACAGCCGAGACGGAUAAGUCAGCGGCCGAUGCAACGCAAACUCGCUUUUGAGGAGCAGGCGAGCGAGCGCACGCGGAUUCGAAAGAGAAAGCGCUCCGCAGCCAGGUCGUGUCGCAACUCGCGCGGUGCCUAUACCGGCGGAGAAACAGAGAGCAACAUAGCUAGAGAAAUACGCGGAGAAAGACAGGUAGUAUCGCUCGGGCAAUCGGUAAGCGGCCGGUGCCGAAUAUAUUGGCAGUCAGAGCGCGUGCACGAAAACGCACGCCUACGCGGUGCAGCGCUGUGCACGAGAACUGUAUUUACUGCAGAUGUGCACAUGCGUGUUUUUUUCGGAGGCGCGUAAAGAGCGAGGUGGCGAUUGGACGUUCGAGGAAAGAUAUAUUUGCUGUGCGCGCGUGUUCGAGAAGAGCGAAACUUUCGAUUUUCGAGAGCGAGUUAUAACGCGUGCGAGAUAAAGGAGAUCGGAAGAUUUUUAGUGAGGGAGAUUGGUUGCGUUUUUCGCGAUACAUGAAAACCAUCGCAUCGGUCCGCUACGGAAAGCCCGCGCUCGAAAGUCUCCGCUCGAAGUCUCUGUCGCAACGAGCCCAUCCAAGGUUCCCAAGCCGGCACGUAUCCAGCACACGCGAGUGGCUCGUCAGUGCCGGUCGAUCGACUGUAUCGCGAGGUUCGUAAUACACGAUACCAGGGGAAGUUCCGAAGAAGAUGUCGUCGACGAGGAUAUUUCUUGUGCUUCUCGCGGUGCUAGUGCUGAGGACUGAUGCGAGACCUGCGGUGGACCAGGAGCCGGUCAGGUUUAGCCUGGAUACGGGGAAGGACGAGGGUGUCCCGAUCGACGACAAGCCACUUACUCUAGACGUCAGUACGAGGAUUCAGGACGGGAUGGAGUGGUUAGGCCGGAUGGCGGACGCACUAAGGUUCGGCCGAGGGCGAUUAGUCAAUUCGGUCGCGAUAGCCCGAAACAUCAUUGCCGAGCGAGUUGAGGAAUUAAUGAGCGAAACCCGCAACAACGUCGCCGGGGCCAUCGGCGCAGCCAACGACAUCAUCGUAAAGGGUCGCAGCACGCUUCAGUCCUACGAUAAGACCCCACUGGCCCAAUUCUUCCCACCGAGGACCCGCGAGAACACCAGACUCGAGAACGAACAGGACCAGGCUUUGUUCGAGAAGAAGAAGACAAACAACCCGAUCAGCUCGUUCUUGGAGAGCAUCGUCAAGCCCAAGCCCAUCGUCGACAACAUAAAAGAGGAAGAUAAAUACGGCAACAACGGCGACAAGUUCAUCGGUGUCGGCCGAGCUUUGGUCAACGGCUUCGAGGGAUUGAGCAACUUUCUGAACGCCGUUGUCGACUUGCCAGUCAAUGCCGCGAAGAAGACAUCGCGAAACAUCACCGAAGCACUGAACCAAAUAGGCUCGAGACUAGUUGGUCUGCAGUGAGAAAUUGAACGACCAAGUUUAACGACGACUCUUUGUUAUUUAUUAUAUAUAAGGAAUAUGAAACUUAUGUAAAUAUAAUACUUAGGUUAACGAACAUUGUUGCGUAAAUUGUGUAAAAAGUGUAUUUAUAAAAGUUCUUUAUAUAGUUUUAACAAAGAUUUUCAUAAUUUUUUUUCGUCAAAACAUCGCCAUAUACAUGUAUAUAUUAUGAUAGCAACUAUUUCUCAUAUCAAUCAGUAUCAGUAGUAAAAAUUGCGUUUUUUUUCAUUCCGCGCUCUACAAUUAUGAAGCAAAACGCGAGUCUUUCGACAUUGGCUCGCACAUCGCGUUUCCAAGCAAUUAUUUUUUUCGUAUAUCAUAAUUCGAGUAUAUGUAUAGAAUAUCUAUAAAAAUCAACAUUACCUAACAGUACGAUUUACGUAUAAACACAUUAUUUAUAAUACUUAUAUGUCUAGUUGUAUGAUAAUACGCAGGAAAAAAAAAUCGUGAAUGAACACUUAUACGCAAGGAAGGGGUAAAUACUUGUUCAAUGACGUUGCAUUAUACAGCAAUUGACAAAGUAGGAAUUAUUGAGAUUGACAGAAAUAUCAUGUUGGUAUCUCCACGAUUUUACACUCUAGAACACAGACACAUUCAUUCGUCUUGCGAAAAAAGCGAACGUGGAUCUCGACUAACCGGACUGUUUUUAAAGCUAAAUGCAGUUUACACGCGAUAGCGAAUUUCAGACUAAUCUCUACGAGCUAACUACAACGUCCGGUUGUGUACUUUUACGACAUAUCUGACAGUUAGAAAUACUCGCCCGAAACUUUCAUUUUUGGUCUUUGCGUUGUACGAUUGAAAUAUUUCCAGUACAUCUCAAUCGCGAUACAGUAAUUUUUAAUCAAAUUUUGUCUUCCUUAUCUUCUAAAGUAGGCGAGUACAUAUACAUUCACACGACGACACGUAUACACAGCGCUAGAGUACAAACUUUUACAAAACUGUAUCCAUUUCGUUAAACUGUAUGAUAAUUAUUACAACGGUUAACAAUAUUCACAUUUUCGGACGAUCGUCGGGUCGUGAGGUGUACUACUAGAUAUUUCACAUUCCAUCGGUGCAUUGUGCUCUACUAACAGUAGUAUAUUCAUACGUAAGAGUAAAAUUUCAUAGCAGUAGCGUGAUAUUUAUCGCAGUAGAGAGUCUUGAAAUUUUGGAAAACUAUAUGAGAAAGCUGCAAAGAGUAGACUGCUGAAUCGUCAUUGCUGCGGAUUCAAUUGUCCUGAAAAAACGUUGUAAUUUUACAUGUAAAGAUCUGCAUCAGUAUCGCAUGAAACAUCCAGUUAUAAAAGUUUCCGACAAUGCUUUCGUGCAGUACAAUCCCAUGCGUCGCGUGUGUUCUUCAAACUUUUUCUCGAAAUCCAUCAAUGGCACAUCUUGCUCAACAACGAUAGACUUUCAAACCGCGAACUUUUCAUGAUCGCUUUCAUCGUUACAUAUUCCAGUGUACUUCGAAACCGAGUACGCACACGUUCGCAGCGUGCAUCGACCCGGAGCGAAAUCGAGCGUCGCCACUCGAUCCAUCAUCCGUCAUGCGUGCAGCGGAAGACAUCAGUGCAAGCUUCGAAACGCAAUACGUCAGCGCGGCGAAUACAAAUGUAAAUCAUACUUCAGGUGCGUAUGACCCGACAGGUCGUCAUAUCGUAACGAGGUGAGUAUAGGAAGGGCAGGUAAAACUCGCGUGUGCCACGAUUAUCUAAUAGUGCGCGGACGUAUCACAUCGCAUAUUCAUCUACGUCGGUGUACUACAUGCCAACCAGCUUAUACGUGUGCUUGUGCUCGUGUUGUUGGAUUGUCUGCAUGAGUAUGAACUCAUCGUCACUCACUCGGUCAUCCAUUCACUCGUCGUGUGCACUGUCGAAGAUUCGUCGUGGAGACACGAUUUUUGAAUUU